UGAUUUAUUUCUAUGCAGACACUCGGCCAACCCACGGAUGUGUCUGAUACUUAAUGUAUUGGGAUGAGGAUGACUACUUGAAUUCAAUGUUAAAAUUGUCUAUAAGUGACUAAUAAUUUGUAUAAUAUUAAAGUUUAAAUAACGGGAAACUUUUGAUUGGCGAUUAAUUAGCUGCUUUGAUUAUGAAUAGUCAUUGGCUCAACUCUAUUUCUUUGGGAUGAAUAUUGAAAUAGUAAUUCAAUUCACAUAUAUAUUUACAUACAUAUCGAAAUAACUAGCCUUGCAUUGCUGAGUUGGCCGGCGGUGCGUGUGCAACGUACGCUGCACCAUAAAUCGUCUUGUAACGCGUUUUUUUAUUUCAUUUUUUUUGUUACUUUCGUCUGGGAAACCUUACCCGAACGUGAGCAGUAAAGGAGAUGUGUGGAAUUUAAGCACGAGGUGUCUCUUUUAAUAGGAAUACCAGUCGUAAAAAGCUAAUAAAUUGAAUCUGAAGAGGAGUUUCUUCUUGUCUAUGAUAAAACUGUGUAAAAAGAUUUAAACAACAUAUUAAUAGACCAAAUGAAACAAAAAAGCAAUAAAAAUAAAUAAUACAUAAUGCCAUCGGAUAGUUAAGCAUAAAUUAUAACAUUAUUUCUCCAAAUAGCUGAAAAACCCAACUUGAAAGGCGUUGCUAAGUGCUAACAUAAAACGAACUAAAUCUGUUUACUGCAACAAGUUAUAGUGUUAAUACAAGAUAAUAUCUCUGUAUAACAUCUAAUUUAUAAAAAUUAAAAAAAACGCACCACAAAAUUUAUUUACAAAAAACAAAACGUUAGUGUAAAAAUAUAUCCCGAUGGGCACUAAUUCAGGAGCAACAACCGGCAUAAAUAAUAAGCCCGUCGGUGCGGGUGGUGCAAGCGGAAGCAGCGUUGUUGGCGGCGGUGGCGGUGGUGGAAGCGGCGUGGGAGGGGUUGGCGGUGUUGGUGGUGUCGGCACUAACAGUUUGAGCGGUGUAGUUGGUGUUAGUAACCUUGGCGGUGGUAAUGCUAAUAAUGUGACCGGUGCUGGUGGUAUUAAUACCGGCAGCAACGGUAGUGAUGAUAGCGGUAAUGGUGGAGGGGGUGGUUCAAGUGGUCAAAACAAUCAACAAACUACUCCACAAUACACGAUUCCAGGCAUACUGCACUUUAUACAACACGAAUGGUCACGUUUCGAAUUGGAACGUUCGCAAUGGGAUGUGGAUAGAGCUGAAUUGCAGGCGCGCAUAGCAAUGCUAUUGGGCGAACGAAAAUGUCUCGAAAGCCUCAAAUCCGAUCUAACACGACGUAUUAAAAUGUUGGAAUACGCUUUACGGCAGGAGCGUGCAAAAUUCUAUCGACUCAAAUACGGCACUGAUCCGCCACAAUUGAACGAAUUGAAGCCACCAACCGAUGAUGCCGGUCUGGGUAGUGAGGUAGCGCCCGAUUCGGAAGUACCAUACAGUUCAGUAUCGAAUACAACCUGGCGACAGGGCAGACAAAUGCUCAGACAGUAUUUGGCCGAAAUCGGUUACACAGAUAAUAUAAUCGAUGUGCGUUCAAAUCGGGUGCGUUCAAUACUUGGUCUCAAUAACAACUCCGAACAGGAGGAGAAUGUCAGUCCAAAUAUAAAUGGCAAUGAGAACAAUAAACGUACAGCGGAAUCGGAGGGUCGUCGCACACCAGCUAAAAAAGCUCAGCAAAAUGAUGCCAUAAUUUUGGAUACUGAAGCAGCGGUAAUGGCUAAUUUCGAAUUUCUUGGUACUACCGAAAUGUCAGAUGACGAUGAGAUUUCCGAUGAUCUCGAAAUGGUAUCUGGCGAUAAUGAUGAUGCCGAUGUGAAAACUACAAAACGUAAUAAGAGUAGCAAGGAUUUGAUUAGUGAAGAUCUUGAUGCCGAGGUUGGGGAGCAGCUUCUGAAUGAUAUAAAUCUAAUAACCGAAGGAUACUCAUCACCGAAUACGACGGAACAAUUGAACAACACUGCUAAUAAUGCAGCUGCCUCAGCCGCGGCCCGACGUAAUCUUAUUACCGCUGUCACAGCCGGUGGCGAUGAGGAGGUUGACGCUUCGCUCGGUCUUGGUGAGCUCGCACAACUGACGGUGAACAACGAGGCGGAGAGUUCGUAUGAUGCGAACGCUAAGGAUGGCACUGGCGGCGGUACUGGCAGCUACCGUAAAACUUGGAACGCCAAAUAUACGCUGCGUUCUCAUUUCGAUGGUGUACGCUCAUUGAUUUUCCACCCAGAAGAGCCGGUGCUGAUUACUGCAUCUGAAGAUCACACACUGAAAUUGUGGAAUUUACAGAAGACGGUACAAGCCAAAAAGUCAGCUAGUCUCGAUGUCGAACCAUUAUACACAUUCAGAGCGCACACCGGCCCCGUACUGUGUCUCGGCAUGUCCACCACCGGUGAUGUUUGCUAUUCGGGCGGUUUGGAUGGUAAUAUUGAAUGCUGGCAGCUACCAUCGCCAAACAUCGAUCCAUACGAUUGUUACGAUCCGAGCGUGCAUUCAGGCACACUUGAAGGACACACAGACGCUGUGUGGGGUUUGACCACGAUGCAUAGCAAUAUUGUGUCAUGUUCAGCUGAUGGCACCGUUAAACUCUGGUCGCCGUACACCAAGGAACCGCUAUUGCGCACCUACACUGCUUCCGAGGCUGAGGGCACACCAUCGUCUGUUGAUUUUGUGCGCAAUGAAGUGGAUCACAUUGUGGUGGCGUAUAAUAGCGCUCAUUGUAUUGUUUACGAUACGGAAACCGGCAAACAGGUGGUCAAAUUGGAGGCUACUCAGGAGAUGUCUGGCAAUACGGGGAAAUUUAUCAAUAAAGUGGUAUCGCAUCCGACGCUGCCUAUAACAAUCACUGCGCACGAGGAUCGUCACAUACGCUUCUGGGAUAACGUUUCGGGGACGUUAAUACACUCAAUGGUGGCACAUUUGGAGCCGGUCACAUCACUGGCUGUCGACGCGCAUGGUCUGUAUUUGUUGUCGGGCUCACACGAUUGCUCGAUACGACUUUGGAAUUUGGACAAUAAGACAUGCGUGCAAGAGAUCACAGCGCAUCGUAAGAAAUUCGAUGAGAGCAUAUUUGAUGUGGCGUUCCAUGCUACUAAGCCAUACAUUGCUAGCGCUGGAGCGGAUGGCUUGGCUAAGGUGUUUGUUUAAGUAUGGAUUGCUUUUCAGCUAAGAGAAAUCAACAAUAAAAAGAAAAAGAAAACGAUAUCAACACCACCACCACCACCACCAUCAUCAUCAUCAUCAUUAUCACCACCUAAACAACCGGCUAGUUAAAUAACAUAGACAACCAAUAAUGCUGGGUGGGUGGUGAGUGAAAUGAAAUACGAUUUGUUAGCUCUUUUUUUUUAAUAACCAUGACCGUUGAUGAAAGCGCUGGAUUGGAUGGAGGACGAGGAGUUGAAAAGCUGAGAUAAAUUACCAUGCUGUUGGCAAUGCAAAUACAAAAAUAGAUCUUAGUUGGAAGGACGGAGAUGUAGUUCUAUGUCGAAUAACAAGCAAGAAAAAUACCAGUUGAUGAACGUUUGAAGAAGAGUAGUAGUGCAAGUAGAGCUGUAGUUGGUUUAAAUUAACAAAAAAAAA